AGCAGACAGUCAGAGCUCAUACACCCCCAGUCCUGGGCCAGUCACAACAUCUCCUGACCGCCGGACAGCGACAACACUUUUUACAAAGUUUGGUGGUGGGGGGAAAACCCCAAAAAAAUCUAGAACAUUAGAAUAAAGAGUCAGUGGGAGAGAUGAGAAUGCAACUGGGAAAAGUUCCCUUGUUCCUUUCCCUCCUCGUCUUCCAGCAAUCUGUUUCAGCUCAAGCAGCAGUUUCUGCAGCUGCGGAACCGAAUCAGGCCAGAAUCCAGAAAUGGGAGCAGGUUCGGAGGAGGAAUCGGAAACCAGGUGACAAUAAAGUUCAGCACCUGAACCCAGAAGUGACGGAGUGGACGUCCUGGUUCAACAUCGAUCACCCCGGUGGGAAUGGAGACUUUGAACGUUUGGAAGCCAUCCGCUUUUAUUACCGGGAACGGGUGUGCGCCCGGCCACGGUCUAUCGAGGCCCGUACGACGGAAUGGGUGAAGGCAGAACAAACUGGCGAGGUUGUCCAUUACAGCCCAGACAAGGGCUUCUGGUGCAUCAACAAAGAGCAGCCAGAGGGCAGGAUCUGCUCCAAUUACCACAUCCGCUUCCAAUGUCCUGUGGUUCAAGCCUAUUGGUCAAACUGGUCAGCGUGGAGCUCGUGCUCAGUGACCGCGUGCGGUCACUCGGGGAUCCAAGCUCGCCAGCGCACCUGCACAAACAACAUGCGGUUCCGUUUCAUCAUGGCUCCGAAAUGCAAGGGCAAGGCCAUUGAGCGGCGAGACUGCAGCACCGAACCUUGUCGGGAGGCCCAUUGGACAGCCUGGGGCCCAUGGAGCGCGUGUUCGGUCUCGUGUGGAACAGGUCACAUCCUGCGUCGCCGAAGCUGCGUCCAAACCCCAGAAAGGACGACUUGCAUUGGCCGGCCAGUUGAAGUCCAGAAGUGCAGCCACACUCCUUGUGCAGUCUGCCAGCACGUGUGUACAGUGGGACACGUCAAUGAAGAGUGUAAUGGCUGUGUCUGUGACCGACAUGUUUUACUGGGCACGGUGCAUUCAGCAAACGGAGUCCCCAUCAGCCGGAGUCGGAUAGCGAUGGAGGAUCAGCCGCAUCUGACAGUCGCCAUGAGCAACAAAAGCGGUUUUUUCAAGAUCCCUGGCAUUUGCGCCAACAAUAGGACCCGUCUCCUGGUCGAAAGUGCAAAGUUUGCCCCCUCUGUGUUUCAAGCAGUUCAGAACGGAACAGAGUCAUCAGUGGUGAAGGCAGUUCUUGAGAGAGCUGAAAAGCCCUACCUUGUGAAACACCCCGAGACAAAAGUACGAUUUGAAGGUGAGCGGGUGUACUUCUGCUGCAAGGCCACUGGAUCUCCAUCUCCACUUCAAUAUGUGUGGUAUCAUAAUGGGACCCUGCUGGACAUUAAGAAUGAAGAAACCCUAUUGCUGAAGGAUUUGCAGAGCUGGCAGGGAGGGCAAUACCAGUGCAAAGUAUCCAAUGGCAUCAGCUCCAUCAAAUCAGUUCCAGCGACGCUCACAGUUAUAGCCAAAGGGCGGCCAAAUUGCAAGUCACAACCACUGCAGCAUUUCGUCAAACUGCCGGAGAACUGCUUCCAGAAAGCAACCAAAUCCUUUUACUACAACGUCGGGAAGUGUCCGAACAGUGGGUGUGCAGGCAACCUGAACUUUGAUCUGCGUUGCAAGGACAGCAAACGGUAUUGCUGUGGAGUGAAGCGUAUGAAGGACGUGGAGAUUGCGUGUGAGGGAUACACCCUUCCCGUCAAGGUGGUAGCAAGCUGCAGCUGCAAGAAGUGCCUGGAGCCCAAGGUAUUGAUCAGAGGGAGGGCAGUGGCAGCAGAUAAUGGUGAGCCACUGCGUUUUGGACAGAUCUUUGUGGGUAAUGAGAGAGUUGGCCUAACAGGCUACAAGGGGACCUUCACUAUACAGGUCCCUCAAGAAACAGAAAGGCUUGUUGUCCAGUUUAUCGACAAGUCAAACAAAUUUGUCGACACUGUUAAAGUCUUUCCCUUUGACCGAAAGAGCGGGGCUGUGUACUUUGAGGUUAAGUUAUUGAGGAAAUCCAAGCCAAUUGAGAUUGACUCCACCAAAGGCAUCACCAUUCCAUUGGGAGAAAUGGAAGGUGAGGACACGAUUGGAAAGCUGGAAAUUGCACCCAAUUCCUUUCGCAGAAGCAGUGGGGAAAGUUACCAAGGGAAGGUCAAAGCCAGUGUGACGUUUCUGGACCCGAGGAACAUCACUCUCGCCAUGACUGCAUCGAGUGACCUGAGCUUUGUUGACGAAGAGGGAGACAUCCUGCCUCUGAGGACCUACGGCAUGUUCUCGGCAGAUUUCCGGGAGGAGUUAUCGAACGAGGCUCUCGAAGCGUCCAACGUCAAGGUCUACCUCGACACCAACAGUGUCAAGAUGCCGGAGCACGUGGAGAAGAUGAAGCUGUGGUCCUUGAACCCGGACACCGGGUUCUGGGAGGAAGAGAGUCUUUUCCACGUUGAGAAGAGAAAGCGCAACAAACGCGAGGAGAGGACAUUCCUGAUCGGUAAUAUGGAAAUCCGGGAACGCCGGCUUUUCAACCUGGAUGUCCCGGAAGGCAGGCGCUGCUAUGUGAAAGUCAGGGCCUACAUGAGUGAGAAGUUUUUGCCCAGUGAGCAGCUGGAGGGAGUGGUGGUAACUCUGAUCAACCUGGAGCCUUUACCGGGAUACACAGCCAAUCCACGGGCAUGGGGCCGUUUUGACAGUGUGAUAACGGGGCCUAACGGGGCCUGCCUGCCCGCUUUCUGUGAUGCAGUCAGGCCGGACGCUUACACGGCCUAUGUCACAGCCACCUUGGGAGCAGAGGAGCUAGAAGCCGCUGCCUCGAGCCCAAAAAUGAACCCCAACAUUAUUGGGGUGUCUCAGCCCUUCCUGGGGAAGCUGGACUACAGGAGGACGGACCAUGAGGAUGAGCAGCUGAAGAAAACUGCUUUCAAAAUUAAUCUUGCAAAGCCCAAUGCGAACAACAUCGACGAGACCAACGGGCCAAUAUAUGCCUACCAAGAUGUAAGGGAGUGCGAAGAAGCCCCGAUCUCGGCCAAUCAUUUCAGGUUCUACAAAGUGGAGAAGGACAAAUACGAGUACAACGUGGUUCCUUUCGAGGAGAACGACUUGACCAGUUGGACGGGGAACUACCUCUCCUGGUGGCCUAAUCCUCAGGAGUUCAGGGCUUGCUACAUCAAAGUGAAAGUCAACGGGCCGCUGGAGGUCAUGGUGAGGUCACGCAACGCUGGGGGUACUCACUCUGAGACGGCGGGUCAGCUGUACGGUAUCCGGGAUGCCCGCAGUGUCCGUGAUAUGACCAACCACAACGUGUCAGCUGCGUGCCUGGAGUUCAAAUGCGGGGGCAUGCUAUUUGACCAAAGCUCAGUUGACCGCACUCUGGUGACCGUGAUCCCCCAGGGCAGCUGCCGGCGGACGGGGAUCAAUACCCUGCUGCAGGAGUACCUUCGGCGACACCCCCCCUCGGCCGUCAACAACGAGACGUCAGCUUUCAGCAUGCUCGCCCCUGUGGACCCACUGGGCCACAACUACGGCAUCUACACAGUCACUGAUCAGAACCCCAGGCUGGCCAAGGAGAUUGCCAUUGGCCGCUGCUUUGACGGUACCUCGGACGGCUUCUCCCGAGAAAUGAAGGUGGACGUGGGAAACGCCUUGACCUUCAGCUGCCAGGAGAAGCUGGUGACUCACCAGAGCCUCUUCCAGCGGCUGCAGAGCUCUCCGGCUGAGACCCUGACGGAGAUUGGGGCGGAAAUGAGGAGACAGACACUAAUGCGACCCGCUCAGUCCCGGAUUGUAGCCUAUCCCUCAGGUCAAAGGAGUCGCAGGGCCCGGGUUCCCAGCCGGAACAUGAGAAGGAGUGAACUGCCCAGACAGUAGAUUGGAAUGGACUCUUCCUGAUCCUGAAGUGAGAGGUAUAUAUUAAAAUCUGUAUAUAGGGAACUCAACAGUCAUAUUCUUGUUUACUAAGGGACAGUUUUUUAGGUCAACAUGUGAGGCAUUCUUCAGCAUCAAAUAUAAUCCUUCAAGGUCAGGCUCAGCUAUGUUUAUUGCACAUUCUGUUUGAGGCACUUUAAUGUAUUGGACUUUCACCUCUGGGAUUUAGAACGGAAUUCACAUCAAACUGAUGGAUGGAGGUUCCUGCUCCAUAUUGCUCACAGAUCAACUGAGGAAGGUGGGCACAGGGUCCUUCCAGGCAGUCCCUGGCAGAGUUGGUCUUGGAGCGCCAAAUUCUCCAGGAUUUGGCCCACACUGACACUGACUCUCAGAGUUCCAGAAGGUGUCAGGGAGGGGUGCAGGUCGUCUGAUGCUAUUGGUCACGAUGUGUUGUUUGAACAGAGUGGUCAUCAUGGGGCUCUGCUGACCAUGCUUUUCAAAGCAUCCAAACAUUGCAACAGUGGAUGCACUUGUUGUAGAAACUCAGCUGAAACAAGUCUUCGAUGUUGUCUUGGGGUGAUCUCUUGCUGUUUGUGUAUUUAUGCUUCCUGUGUUAAUAAGCUGCCUACACAGAGAACGUUACUGGAGAACUCCAUUUGUCUUCCUUUGCUAUUGUAUGAGUUCCAUUAUUUUUCUGGCCUCAUUUCAGCAAUGCUUUGUUUGCUUUUUUCUCCAUCGCCAUACCCUUAGGAACCUCCGUCAACAAUUUAGCAGCAAUUUUCUUUCUCUCUCCCAAAGCUCCAAGCUCAGAAUCCACUUCAGACCAGACACAGAUUCUCAUCUCAAAACUCAAACUAAUAGUCAUUCGGAAUGUUAUUCAGUUUUAUAAAAACACUUUUUUUUGGGCUUGGCCAACCCUUUUUGUUUUGGAUUUAUGAACGACUUUUGACAUUGAAUGUUCCUGCUUUCUAGAGUAGCAUCAUGUUUAAACUGGCUUCCGUUUACUUUGAUGUUAUGAAAGUGACAAAGACCAGGAUAUUCUAGUCUGCAAUGUCAUGCUAAAUGGAAGCAGGUUGGAUAGAGUAAAGGAUGCCUUAGUAAAUGGUAGUCUAGUGCAGUGGCUGUUUCAUUAAACGAGUAAUUCACCUGGCAAGAGUUCAAAUCCCCACGAUGGAAAUUGGAGGUCUUGAACUCAGUUUUAUUUUUUAGUGUGGAAAGAAAAAUCUGAUCAUCAAUCUAUAAAAAACUUCUUAAAACUCAACUUGAUCAGAAAUGGUUUUAUAAGAAUGAGGUAGCCAUCUUUACCUGCUCUGAGUUUGUUUGACUUUAGUCUCACAGCAUCAGGCGAGUGGCUGGAGGUGAGGAAGAGAAGAGAAGCAAUCAAUUUUGGACACAUGAGGAAGUAGCCUUUUUGAAUUUUACAAGGUGCAAUGGUAAAACUGUUCAGCAUUCUGUUUAGGAAGUAAUCCAAUUUAGUUUAACAUGUUUUAUGGGAGCAGAGAGACCAGUAUAAAACAGAAAUGUGCACAUGACAGCUCCUUUAUAUUGGAAACUCCUACUUUCUGUCCAGAAAGUUGACUACCCAUUAAGUGUAAUCGCAAAUCUAAUUGCAGGACAGUAACACAAGUGAAACUCAGUCACUUAAUCAGAGAGGAUGUUUCCUAAUGUGGAAAUGAGAGAUUGGAACUCACUGAUGGAGAUUGAUCAAUAACUCUAAUCUCAUUGUAUCACGCAGUUAUCAGGAUGAUAGAAGGUGAACCAGAUAGAGUUUGCUCUUUUAUUGUCAAGCAAUUCCUUCAUUCCAGUCCACCUUCUCCCAGUGAAAUUCCAGGAUUCAAAAGCUGGUAUCAAUGCAGUGACCAUGAAGUGGUUAGAUUGUUGUUCCCCACCUUCCCUUUAGGGGAAUGAAAGGUGACAUCCAUAGCUGUCUGACCUCUAACACCACACUAACAUGGUUAACUCACAACUGCUUUCUCAAGCAGUCCAGUUAGAUUUGUAUCAAAUCACAUCAAAAACUUACAUUUAUAUAGCACCUUUUAAUGCUGUACAACAUCCCUGGGCAUGUCACAAGAGUGUUAGAAAACAAAAUUGGAUAGCAUGGCACUUUCAGACAUUUCAGGGAAAAUGACCAAAAGCUGUCUCAAAGAAGCGUGCCUUAAGGAAUGUCUUAAAGGAGCAGACAGAGGUUUGGAAUAAUUUAGGAAAGGAAUUCCAGAACUUAGGGCCCUCAAAGCAGAACGUCUGGCUGCCAAUGAGGGUGGGCUGGAUGCGAGAAAAAUACAAGAUCUAGUAGAGUUGUCAGGCUGGAGACGGAGGGAUAACUUUAAUUGGGGUCUUGAGGUUGGGCAAAUCACACAGUGAUUCUCAUAUGAUUAGAUUAGAUUAAAUUCCCUACAGUAUGGAAACAGACCCUUCAGCCCAACACAUUCAUACCGAACCCUCCAAAGAGUAACCCACCCACACCCAUUACCCUAUCUUCUAUUACCCCCCUGACUAAUGCAACUAACACUAUGGACAAUUUAGCAUGGCCGAUUCACCUGACCUGCACAUCUUUGGACUGUGGGAGGAAACUGGAGCACCCGGAGGAAACCCACGCAGACACGGGGAGAAUGUGCAAACUCCACACAGACAGUUAUCCGAGGCAGGAAUUGAACCCAAGUCCCUGGCGCUGUGAGGCAGCAGUGCUAACCACUGAGUCACCAUGCCGCCAAAACCAAAGAAAAACAAAUUAGAAAAUCUAUAAUGAGUCUUGAGAGGGUUAAUCGAGUCAGGAUUGCAAUUUGUUCUUCCAAACCAUAACACAAACCUGUCAUCAAUCUUUUCUCUCAAAUAUAUGGAACCUUUCCUUUCAGUUUAGGUACUGCAUAAGUCAAAAUCUUAUCUCACCUGCCAACUUACAGCAGUGGCUGUAAAAUGCUUUGAACCUGAGAAUGUGAAAGGUAUGCUGCAAAUUCAUGUUUCUUCGUUUAAUCUUUGAUUCAUCGCAUAAUUGUUAUGGAGCAUUCCUGAAGAAGGGCUCAUGCCCAAAACGUCGAUUCUCCUGCUCCUUGGAUGCUGCCUGACCUGCUGUGCUUUUCCAGCAACACAUUUUUAUCUCUGACCUCCAGCAUCUGCAGACCUCACUUUCUCCAAGGAGCAAAAGAAGGCCAUUCAGCCCACAGUGUCUACACUGGCUAUAUAUUCUUUCCUAUAUAAACCUGCUUUCCAAUGAGAACCAGAGAAAAGUUACAGCACAGGAAGAGGCCAUUCACUCCAUCAUGUUAGUGGCAGCUGAAUGAAUUAGCCACGCACCCUGAUUCCACUUUUAACUAAGAGUUUCUGUUUCAACCACCAAACUAGGCAGCGAAUUGCAGACACCCGCCACUCUCCUGACUCCCCCUGCCAAAUCCUAAGGUUUGAGGCCUAGGGUGGAUCAGGCCUCAUUGAAUGAUGGGGCAGGCCUGAGGGACUGAAUGGCCUACUCCUGCUCCUAUAUGAAUAUUGUAAGUACGAGCUCCCUGGUAAUAAAUCUCUCCGCUAGGAGAUUCUCUCCCAACCCUCAAUAUUUUUAACACCUCAUUUAAGUUCACCCAAAACCUUUCUGACCUGACCCAACCUUUCCUCAAAGCCACAGUUUUCAGUACUCUGACACUGAAAUAACUCUGGCAUCCUAUCACCACGUCCACCUUUAUUUACAUUUGGACAGUCCUUGACACUGAUCCAGCUCCCUCUCAGCAGCUCUUGGAGUGAACAGAAUCUCUGAUACUUUUUUAAAAAUGUAACUGAUUUCUCUAAACAACAUACUCAGAGAUAUUCUAACACAUCACUGGAGCAGGUGGGACUCGAACCCAAUUCUCUCAGUCCAAGGAUUUGGACACUACCACUGUGCUGCAAGAGAGUCCUGACACUCCUGUUUUAUAUCUGUCAGCCAGGGCUCCCUGACUGGUCCAGAUUAACAGCCCCAAUCAGGGAGCUCCGAUUCUAUGAGGUUCACCUGGCUGACCUGGUGACAGCCACAACAGACUCCAUUCUUGUAAAUCUCCUCUGUUCUUUCUCUAGAGCAAAUAUAUUUUUCCUACAAUGUGAUGACCAGAACUGUGCACAAAAACCCAGCUGUGGCCCACCCAAUGUCUUAUGUAGUUCUAGAAUUACAUCCCUGAUAACGCAAUCUCUCGCUGGGUGAAGGAAAGCAUCCCAUACACCUUCGUUACCACCUUCCGGGACCUGUGCACUCCAAGAUCUCUCAUUUGCUCUAUCCUUGUCAAUCCCUCCUGUUUACUGUGUAUUCCUUUGCUUUAUUCAGUCUUUCCAAAUGCCUAACCUUGCAUUUCUCCUGACUGAAUUCCAUUUGCUAUUUUCCGCCCACUCAAUCAAACUAUUGACAGCCAUCACUAUCGAUCACUGGGCCAAUUCUUGUGUAGUCCUUUCAGCCUUUUUCCCUGGGUUUUCUGAUAUAAAUAUGAAUGAGAAACCACACUGCAUCAUAAACUGCGCUCCAACCAGAUAAUUGCAGCAAGUUGGGCCAACAACACUGGAAGAUCUUAGGAAAGGAAGCUCAUGUUUUAUUCCAGCGUUGUCAUUGCUGCCAAGAAACAACUGAAAUCUAACCUCUGAGGCGAAAGUUAUUAAUAACUGAAAUUUUAACAUGGCUUUUGUUUAAUUUUCUCAAGGGGUUCUACAAUGGAGAUUGCUGUGUUAUUACAGAAUUUAAUAUUUUUCAUAUUACACAAGUUACUUCACUUGCUGCAAAGCACUUACCGAUCUUAUAGACAUGAUGCUAUAUUUCUUUCCUCUCUUUUAUCGAUUCAUACAAUUGCAGAAACAGAUCCUUCAGUCCAUCUCAUCCAUGCCUACUAGAUAUCCUGAACUUAUCUAGUCCCAUUUGCCAGCAUUUCACCCAUAUCCCUAUAAAGCCUUCUUGUUCACAUACUAUCCAGACGCCUUUUAAAUGUAAUUCAGUUAAGUCUUUGACUGGAUCUAGCUAUUUUAACUACCUUACUCCCAUUUUUUCUCAGUUUUUGUGCAUCAAGUGCUUUGGGCCAUUCUCUUUUAUUGAACCCCUUUCUCAAUAACUACUUCACUCCCACAUUUGAGUCACUCUGAGUUCAAGCUCCACUCCAGAACCUUGAGCACAUAAUCCAGACGGAAAUACCAGUGCAGUUAGAACAGUGCAGCACAGUCAGGGGUGCCAUCAAUCAAAGGAGAUCUGAAGCCUGUCAUUUCUCUGGAGUUCCCCUGGCCAAUAUUUAUCCCUCAAUCAACACCUAAAAUACAUUAUCUGGUCAUCACUGCAUUGUUGUUUGUGUGCUACAACAGUGACUACGCUGCAGCAACGGUAUCUCAGUCUUGAAAAGCUUAGGAACGGUGUGAGAUUGUGAAAUGUGCUGGCUGAGUUUUAAUGGCUGUUGCAGCAACAUGAAAGGUAGAACAAUGAGAUUAAUAUCACAUCGUAACUAGGUCAGCAUUUAUUCUGAAGAGGAGAAAGUGAGGACUGCAGAUGCUGGAGAUCAGAGUCAAAAGUAUGGUGCUGGAAAAUUCUCCGAGGAGCAGGAGAAUUGACGUUUCGGGCAUAAGCCUUUCAUCCUGAUGAAGGAUUUCUGCCUGAAACAUUGAUUCUCCAGCUCCAGGGACGCUGCCUGACCUGCUGUUCUUUCCCAGCACCACACUCUCGACUUUGUCCUGGUGUGUAUUGUUCUGAAAGUGUUUCACUCCCUCACUCCACUCCAGUAUUUAUCAACCCAGACGUUUAGUCAUCCUCAACAUGAAGCAAUUGUGUAAGAGCAUAAUCAGAGGCUAUCCAUCCAAUAGGAAACGUGGAAAACAUUCUCUUUACAUGAGCAGUCUUAAGAAUGUGGAAAGCUCAACCCCAGGGGAGCAGUUGAAGAGGAUUGGACUGUAAGGGUGGGGAAGUCUGUUUUUUCCUUUAUUCAUUCAAGAGCUGAGGGUAAUGGUGACCAGGCAGUAUUUAUCGCCUAUCUCUAAUUGCCCAGAGGGCAGUUAAGAGUCAACCACAUUGCUGUGGGUCUGAAGUCACAUAUCAGCCAGACCAGGUAAGGAUGGUAGCUUCCUUCUCUAAAGGAUAUUAGCAAACUAGAUGGCUUUUUAACAAUCAACAAUGGUCAUCCUAAUUCCAGACAUUGUUAUUGAAUUUAAAUUCCACCAGUAGCCAUGACAGGAUUCGAACCUGGGUCCCCAGACAUUACCUGUGUCUCUGAGUUGACAUCCAGCAAUAAUACCACUAGGGUGUCACCUCCCCAACCGUACCACAACUGUACAUGGUGUUGUGAGACCACAUCUGGAGUACAGUGAGCAGUUUUGGUCCCAUUAUUUAUGGAAAGGUAGCAUUUCAUUGGAGGCACUUCAGAGAAGAUUCACUAGGAUGAUCCCUGGUGGAGGGAUUGUCGUAUGAGCAAAGGCUAAAUAGACUGGAGUUUAGAAGCCGGAGAGGUGAUCUCAUUAAAACAUAUCGGAUUCUUAAGGGGCUUGACUCAGAGGAUGUAAAUGCUCAGAGGAUGUUUCUUCUCAUGAGAGAGUCUAGAAACAGACAGCACCAUCUCAAUAAAAGUGAUGCCAAUUUCAGACUGAGAUGGGGAGGAAUUUCUUCUCUCUGAGGGUUGAGUGUCUUUGGAACUCCUUGUCACAGAGAGCUGUGGGGGCAGAGUCCUCGUGCAUAUUUAAGGCUGAGAGAGGUAGAUUUUUGAUCAGUCGGGGAAUCAAGUGUUAUGGGGAAUGGGCAGGAAAGUGGAUGUGAGGGAUGUCGGAUCAGCCAUGAUCCUGUUGAAUGGUGGAACGAGCCCAAGGGGCUGCUAUUUCUUAUGGUUUAAAAUAUUAUAGACCAUUUAUAGAGAAGCGAGGCAGUCAUAUGAAGGAGAAGAGAAUAGAGAAUUAUGAUUUAGAUUUAGAAGCAGAAAGAUGGCAGAAAAGGCUUGAGUGCAGCACAAACACCUGCAUGGGCUGAUUCUGAGCCUGUGUAACCCGACAACACGGAGACCUUAAAUGUAUAUUUCAAUAUCUUUCAAAAGUAUUAACAUGAUAAACCAAAAACUAGCCUCUGCAUUGGUGAUACUGCCAAGAAGUUUAAAUGUUCUAGAUGUAGGCUUGCUCGCUGAGCUGGAAGAAUUGGUUUCAAAUGUUUCGUCACCAUACUAGGUCACAUCAUCAGUGAGCCUCCGGAUGAAGCACUGGUGGUAUGGCCCACUUUUUAUCUGUGUGUUUAGGUUUCUAAACCUUCCAACUCAGCAAGCAAACCUACAUCCAGAACCUCAACCUAAACUACAAAUCUUCUCAAAACUCGCUAAUGUUAAAUGCUUCAUUACCACAUUUGCUCUAAUAGCUAUUGCCAAUGUCAAAUCGCACUGGAAGAUCUAAUCAUUCAUCUGUAGAUAUAGAAGCCAAUUUUAGAAUCAGGUUUGGAUCUUCACACAAAACUUGAAAAGUUUUACAUCAGUAAGAAGCAACUUUAGCUUUGCACAUACAUUAAGUAUACAAUAUGACUACGCCAUCCAUACUUUAUCUGGGCCCGACUAGCAAAAAGAUGGUAAUUCAACAAAAGCAACCUGCAUUUAUAUUGCACCUUUAACACAGCAAAAUAUCCCAAGGCACUUCUCAGAUUAUUGUCAAAAAUUGAGACACAGGAGAUAUAAGGACAUAUUAUCAGAAUCUUAAACAGCUGAGAGGUAGGGAGGAAAUUCCAGACUUCAGUGAAGGUAGAACCACCAAUGAUAAGGUGAACAAUAGUCUGGGCUGUGUAAGAAUCACUGAAUCAGAGGAAUGCAGAGAUUUUGGAAAACUGCAGGGUAGGGGGAGAUUACAGAGACAGGGAUGAUGGGGAUCACUGAUCUGUUUGGAUUAAAUUCAAUUAGGAUGCAGCAAGCUGUUACCAUCAGAAAGAUACUGGAUCUGAUCCAUGUCUCAGAGAUGAAGGAAUAGUACGGUGCCAGAACAAAAAAAUACAAACACAAUCUGUUGCAGCAAAAAAAAGAAAGAAAUUGUCCAGCUGGAAACACUGUUUAUUUCAUUUCUCUUGGCAGUCUUUGAGGUAAUCCCAAUAUGAUUAUCUCAUUCAACUGGACUUGGAACUUAAACCAGCAUUUCAUGUAAAUUAUUGUAUAAUUUAUUUACUGCAUGUUUAUGUUCUUUAGCUAUUCCUUCAGCUUAUUUUGUCAUUUUUAUGAGAAAUGUAUUGAACUGUGUAUUGUAAUGUACGAGUAAGGAAUACCAUUGACCUGUCUUUACUCUUGUAGAAACAAUUUACAAUUCUGCUUGAAACUUUCACCCUUAUUAACUUAUUCAGCCACAGAGACACACCCACAACCAUACGCACAUAUUAUACCUGUUAGUAUUUGCACACUCAUGCUAAUCAAGGUACUAUGGGUUUACUGGGACAAAAGGGGCUGAACGCCUGAUCUGGCCUUGAAGAACACGAGAUCCUUCCCACAUGCAGAGGGUGGCGCAUGUAUGUAACCAGUUGCCAGAGAAGGUAGUGGAGGCUGGUACAAUUACAACAUUUAAAAGACAUAUGGAUGGGUAUAUAAAUAGGAAGGGUUUAAUAGGAUAUGGGCCAAGUGCUGGCAAAGGGACUAGAUCAGAUUGGGAUUUCUGGUCGGCACAGACAAGAUGGACUGAAGGGUCUGUUUCCGUGUUGUAUGACUCUAUGACUCUAUAACUCCCCUUGCAGACAAUAUGCAAGGAACACAGAUUAGCACAUGUUGGGAGCUAAACUCGAGGCGUCCAUAUCUCUCAAGCAAUAUGACAGCAGAGGUAGAUCAGACAUCAGAUCACAGUCAAUGGUCCAGGGGCCAGAUGGUCUGCUCCAAUCCUAGAGUCUGAUGACAGUUGCUGUUUAACAGCAGCCCAAUUCACCAGCUUCUUUCCCACAGCCCUGCAAAGUUCUCCUUUUCAAGUGAUAGUCCAAUUGCCUUUUGAAAGAUAUGACUGAAUUGACUUCCACCUUUUAGGCAGCACACUCCAGAUCAGUGUGUAAAAGCUUCUCUCACCCUUCCCUCUCAUUCUUUUGCUAUUCACCUCUCCAGUCCCUCCAAGACUGAGAUUGGCUCCUUUUAGGCCAGUUAACUUUGCGUGAAGGGGAUUGCUCCCACAUUGUCACGGUACUGUUUCCCUGGACCCAUUGUGUUCACUUGGUGGUUUGCUUGUGACUUGCUCUGUUUCCUGAUGCACCUAUCACCAUUGUAUUGUUAUACUCAGCCAGUUGCUCAAUCUCAUGUUAUUUACUGAACCGUGGUAACUUUGAAAUAUGUUCAAUAAAGAGAAGAGGGAAACACC